AUGGCCCAUCCCACCCAACUAGGAUUCCAAGACGCAGCCUCUCCUGUAAUAGAAGAACUUCUUCACUUCCAUGACCACGCCCUAAUAAUCGUAUUUAUAAUUAGCACUCUGGUUCUUUAUAUUAUUGUCGCCAUAGUCACUACAAAAUUAACCAACAAAUAUAUUCUAGACUCCCAAGAAAUCGAAAUCAUCUGAACAGUACUUCCCGCCCUAAUCCUCAUUCUUAUUGCCCUCCCCUCCCUACGCAUUCUUUACCUGAUAGAUGAAAUCAAUGACCCUCACCUCACAAUUAAAGCCAUUGGACACCAAUGAUACUGAAGCUAUGAAUACACAGACUAUGAAGAGCUAGGCUUUGACUCAUAUAUAAUUCCGACACAAGACCUUGCUAGCGGCCAAUUCCGUCUCUUAGAUACAGACCACCGAAUGGUAGUCCCAAUUGAAUCCCCAAUCCGAAUACUAAUUUCUGCCGAAGACGUGCUUCACUCCUGAGCCGUUCCAUCUCUUGGUGUUAAAAUAGACGCCGUCCCUGGUCGACUAAACCAAGCCGCCUUUAUUGCCUCCCGACCCGGCGUGUUCUAUGGGCAGUGUUCUGAAAUCUGCGGGGCAAAUCACAGUUUUAUGCCCAUCGUAGUAGAAGCCGUCCCACUUGAACAUUUCGAAAAAUGAUCCUCUUUAAUACUUGAAGACGCCU